CUGGUGGAGGUCAAUGGCGCCCCAUGCCUGAAGCUCACAGAAGAUGAGGAGAAGAUGACAAUCCCAGGGACUAAGACGAUCUAUCGGCUCUAUGAUGCUGCUGGUCACCCCUUCAUGGACCUCAUGGCCUUGGAGGAGGAGCCCUCGCCCAGCGCGGGGCAGGAGCUGGUGAUCCGCGUCCUAGGGCGGCUUGGUGAGACCAGCAAGGUCGUGCCCACCACUGUGGAACCCCUCCAUCGGACGUACUUCAGAGAUGGCCAGGUCAGGGGGUGGCUCUGUGUGCUUUCGGAGGUGAGGAGCCAUGCGCAGGUGUCCCUCAGCUUGCUCAGCCCUGCUCACCGCCGGCUCCACGAGCCACAGCCCUACCCGGCGUUCCCUGAGGCGUGGAGGCCAGCUCCAGGUUGA